GGGUGAAUUGGACAGUUUACACAUGUCGCGUGUACAGGGAGAAUGGUUCCGGGUGGCUCUAACCCGGGUUUAAUGGCCGCCGCUGGGAAGGAAACAGGGGGAGGAAAGAUGGUUGGAGACGCGGAUUGCCUUUUGCGUUGGUGUCAGGAGGAGUUGGUUCGGAUGUUCGGUCUGGAAGUGAACGAGGAAUUGAUUCAGUAUAUCUUGUCGAUCGAGAGUGCAGAAGAAAUUGAAGAAUAUGUCGCUGACUUGGUACAAGGGACUGAUGGAAAGAAGCAGCUUUUCAUCAAUGAGCUGCUGAAAAAGUGGAAGAGAUCGCGAGAGUCACCGACUCCUGGACAAGGACAGUUAUACAGAAAAAAAGAUGAUGCUCCGGAUUUAUCAAAACCAAGUGACCCGCUCAAGAAGUCAAAGCGGAAAGGUCGGAACAAGCAGGAGCCGUUCCCUGUAUCUGAGCAGCAGCCUCCAGCUGAGGAGGUUAAAACACCUAUAGAUUUGGUGAAGGUGCAGGAGGCGAGUUCUUCUGCCAAGAAAAAGACAAAAUACCUGUCCCUGUACACUCAAGAGGGCGAGGACAGGCUGACAGUCAUGCUCCCGGGCCGCCAUCCCUGUGACUGCUUGGGACAGACGCACAACCUCAUCAACAACUGCCUGGGCUGCGGCCGCAUUGUCUGUGUGCAGGAAGGAUCGGGACCCUGCAUGUUCUGUGGAAUGCUGGUUUGCACGAAAGAGGAGCAAGAGAUCCUUGUCCGCGACUCGAACAAGAGUCAGAAGUUGCGCAAGAAACUCAUGGGGACUGCUGAUGCAUCGGGGCAUCCUGAUGCCUCUGAGAGGGAUCUGCUGCCCCAUCAGGAAGUGGUUCUGAAGGCUGGUCUGGAGAAGGCCAUUAAACACAAAGACAAACUAUUGGAAUAUGACAAAACCAGUGCUCGUCGCACCCAGGUCAUUGAUGAUGAGGCGGAUUACUUUGCGGCAGACACCAACCAAUGGCUCUCCAAACAGGAGCGAGAGGCGUUGCGCAAGAAAGAUGAGGAAUUGAGGGAGUUACGACAUGCAUCCCGGCGAACAAAUAAGAUCACAAUAGACUUUGCUGGAAGGCAAAUCCUUGAGGAUCAAUCAUCUUUGGAUCAGUACUAUAGCAGACUAGAUGAUCUUGUCGAAGAAAUGAAGUCUGGAUCACAGAAUAACACCACCUCCAGCAAGAAGGACAAACAGGGCAAACAGCCACAGCAGUUGGGUGAAUUGGUUAACCCCAAUAUCCUUCAACCUGCUCCCGUUUGGGUAGAAGUAACCGGCACAGGCACUCAGAGGAGGGGGCUUGCCGGCCAUGUGGAGAGGAGAGACAAAGAGGUGGACUCCGAGAGGACUCGACUGCGGAUCCAAGACCGAGAGUUGCUGGAGAUAUCCGACGAUGGGAUGUGCCUCAGUAUGCAUCAGCCAUGGGCCUCGUUGCUUGUUCAAGGUAUCAAAACGGUGGAGGGCAGGACUUGGUAUACCUCACACCGAGGCCGGCUGUGGAUCGCAGCAGCUGCCAAAAGACCUGCACUGGAAGAAGUGACGGCAAUCGAAGGCACCUACAGGGCCAUGCACGGCAGAGAUAUUGACUUUCCCAAGGACUACCCGACUGGCUGCCUGUUGGGCUGCGUGGAUCUCAUCGAUUGUGUAUCUCAAGAGCAGUACCAUGAGCAGUUUGCAGAUCAGGAGAGCGGUUCCCCCUUUGUAUUUAUUUGCACCAAGCCUCAGGAACUUCUGGUGAAAUUUCCAUUGAAAGGACGACACAAGAUCUGGAAAUUGGACUCCAAGGUGCAUCAAGGAAUGAAGAAGGCAUUAAUGCGGCAGAAACAGAUAACAUAGUGCACAAGAAACCAAACGUGGGAUGUGGCACGAGGUUUGGAUUGCCUUGUGCUGUGAAGUCCCAGAGCUGGUAACUUAAAAGUGUAUUGUAAAAUGUAUAGCCAGUUGCAAAAUCUAACAACCCUCCACUGCAUUAACCAGCAGCCUGACACUGAUGACCCAGAAAUCUCAAAGCCUUUAUUAUAUGUAUCAAUAUAUAAGAAUGUAAUUCAAAUACUUGAUAAUGUUAAAGAGAGGAUUGUUCAGAAACAUACAUUCCAGUAAUCCUGCCACCAUUUGGCAAUCCACAAAACAAAGAUUUGUUCAUCUUUACUUUCCACAUUUGAUUAAAGGAGUUAAUGAUGCUUGAAA